UGCAGCAGAACGUCUGUCUGACAGCACUGAGGCAGGAGGCAGAAAUGAUUAAGCUGAGGAACAUGUCUGUAAGUCUGCUCCUGCUCUGGAUGGUAGUGAACAUCCACACUGCUGCCGGAUCUGCUGGAGAGAUUCUCAGUGAACUCAGUGAGAUAAACUCUGAAAGACCACUAAACAUCAGACCUGAGGUCAGUGUGGAUGUCUGUGUGGGAUGUGCUGCGGAUCUACAGUGUGACGAGAGCAGUGAAGGAUUGGUGAAGUUGUGGCAGACCCCCUUUGGAUCAUUUGGAAAUGGGCUGUUUUUUAGAGAAAACGACCCAAUUAACAUAAAUAACAGAACACUGAGAAUCCCAAGAGCCACUUUCAGCCAUAUUGGACUCUACCACUGUCGAAUGGUGGACAACAGAGGAACAACAGUAAUUUCAUACAGAGUGAAUGUGGUGGAUAAAGACAUAAACGGCCCGGAAAGACCGAGAUUAGCCAGAGAAGCCCAGGAGACAGGAGGACAUGAGCUGGCAUCGGGUGUGGUACCAGCAGUGCUGGUGUCAUUCAUGGUCGCCUUCACCCUUGGCGCGUUCAGCAGAUCCUACGUCAUCAAGUGCCUCCAAAAAACAGAGGCCAGGAUGCUUCCGAAACGAAGCUUUCACUCACGCAGAGCAGCUGGCAUUGGUCCAUUCAGAAUGACCAGCAGGAUGUCCUCCUUUUUUAAAGAUUCUGGUGCUUUAAAGGCAUCUAGACCCAAUAAAUCUCCCCCAAAAUGGUUCUGGUCCAAGAAAGACAACCAAGAAUCUACAGUUGAGGAGAUUGAGGUUGUAGAUGAAGCACAAACCAAUCCAGAACCAGAUCUACAACCAGAACCAGAGCAUCAAGACGAAGAACCCUCUACCAUACAACCCAAACGCAGAAGUAGAGUCAUUAAACUCUACAACUACGAUGAUGAGGGUAAGAGAUUCGACCAUCUCACAGAUCCGGAGGUGGUGAUGUUGGAGCAGGAGGAGGUCGAACCCAAACCCAGACUCAGAGUGAUGUCUCUGACCCGACUCAGCACCAUCAUGAGCCAAGUGGACACUCCAGAUCUGUCUACAUACAGAAGAUCACGAGAUAACACCCCAUCUAAACCAGAUGAGCCUCCUCAGGAUUAGUUCUGGAGGGUUAACUGAUUAAUCAAAUGUCAUUUACUAAUUUAAUUAAUCAUAUUACUGUUUUAAUGCAAUUUUCAAAAUGGAAAAAUCAAGACAAUUUGUUUUCUUUUUUUAAGAAUGUUUUAAGACCUCAAUAAAUAUAAUUUAAGGUCCCAAAA